AUGCCUCCCUCCCUCCCUUCCGCACCCACCCUCUCCCCCUCUCUCCCAAGAACCCCCUCCCUCCCCUACCAAUGGUCCACCCGGCCCUCCCACAACUCCAUCUUCGACCUCUCGCCGACGCUCGACCUGUCCGAGCCGAGCGGGGUCAACGCGGCGCAGCUGAUGAAGGCGCUCAUCGCAUCCGCGGUGCUGCAGUACACGAGCACGGCGAUCGUCAUGCCCUGGGAGGUCGGCAAGCUGCUGAUGCAGGUGCAGUGGGUGCCGAGAGACGCAGGGGAGGUGGAGGAGGCAGACGGGGAAGUAGACGGGCAGGGUGAAGGUGCGGAGGAUGUGUUGAGCGACGACGAUACGUCCGAAGGCGACUCGUACUUUGCCGACCCCGGUGCAAUACCGGCCACACGCCCGCCUGUGCCCCGCACGAAGGUGGAUGACCAUGGGCAUGUCGUCCGGCAUUCUGUGCUCGAGGAAGGGUCGCGCCCCGAGUACAUCAUCCCCGUCGGGAGCGCAGACGGCGUGUGGGGGAUGAUGAAGCGUGUGGGCCGGUUCCGUUCAGAGGGGUGGCUCGCUUUGUGGAAGGGCCUGCUCACAUCCUGUGUAACCGAAGUGCUGAGCGACACGCUCCAACCUCUGAUCAACGGAUUCCUGCAGUCGUUGUUCUUUCCUUCAAUGUCUCCGUUCCAUCAACCACCCAUCGUUCUUCCUGUGGCGUCUCACCUGAUAACAGGGUUCCUGCUCUCGCCUCUGGACCUCAUACGGACGCGUCUGAUCAUCCAGUCAUUCACGACGCGCUACCGGACGUACACCGGGCCCAUCGAUGCAUUCAAGCAGAUCCACCGAGAUGAAGGCGGGCUGCACGGGAUGUACAUGCAUCCGCAACUGCUCAUUCCUGCACUACUAGACAAUGCGCUACGCCCUAUCGUCGCACUCGCCCUUCCCGGCAUGCUCACAGCAUACUUCGGGUGGGGGCACAUUACAGAAGAUACUCACCCGAUUGGGUGGGGUCUUGCGGAGCUCGGGGGGAGCUGCAUCGGGUUGCUGGUCACGCUGCCCAUCGAGACGAUCCGGCGGCGUCUGCAAGCACAAGUGAGAGGGACAGCCCAACCAAUCAAGGCGGCGGUGGAGCUGCGUCCUGCACCGUACAAUGGAGUCGUGGACGCGUUCUGGCACAUCCUAACGGAGGAGCGGUCCGACCUGCCGAUCGCGCGGAGUACGACGCGGAAGAGAAGGAGGAUGUCGGUGAAGGGGAAGGAACGGGCUGAAGAUGGUGCGGAGGCGGCGCAGGCAGAGGGUUCGGAGGAGGGCCGAGACGAGUACCAGAGCUGGUUCCGGCAUACCGGGCUGGGCCAGCUAACAAAGAAACCAAUGGCCAGCGAGCCGCCCACUGUCCCCCUCCUCGCCCGCGCCCUCCACCGCAUCCGCGCAACCCCGCCCCGCAUAAUCACGUCUCCCCCAACCCAACCCCGCAGAGCAGCCGUCGCGCUCAUCAUCCGCGUCGUCCCCGCUCCCAACGCCCCAGUGCCCCAGAUCCCAGAGAAACCCCCCACCCUCCCCGAGUUCUUCGACCAGGACUGGGUCAACCAUCCCCACGCCCGCCCAGAGAUCCUCUACCUCCACCGCGAGAACCAUGCGGCCACCGACGCCUCCAUGUGGCAGGCCAGGAUAAACCACAAGCAGAACGAGGCCCACGUCGCGUUCCCCGGCGGCCGCCAGGAACCCGACGACGAGGGCGGCUUGUACACCGCGAUGCGCCAGACCUGGGAAGAGAUCGGCAUUGACCUCGCCGAGCCCUGCUACACCUGCGUUGGCCAGCUCGACGACCGCGAGAUUACCACCUCCCUCGGCAAGCGCCUCCUUAUGAUCCUCUCCCCCUUCGUCUUCCUCCAGUUCACACCACACGCACCCCCGCCUGAUCCUGUCGACACUACAACUCUGCAUUGGACACCUCUCACCUCCCUCGUCUCGAUCAACACCCCGCCCCGCUGGUCCAACGUUACUGUCGACGCUGCUUCGCGCCUCGCCCCAAAACAUUCUUCGUUCCUGCGCCUUCUCGUACGGGUGUUCAUCGGAAGCAUGGAGUUCCCUGCGAUCGUACUCCAGCCCUCCGCGUCAUCUCCGUUUGCCUCUCCACAACUCAAUGGCGAUUCCAAGACCAACAACGAGAAAGCCGCCCCAUCUUCCAACCCCAAAACCUCCAAUCCCAAAUCACAAGGCCUCCUGCGCCCGCAGCAGCUCAAACUCUGGGGUUUGUCCCUCGGGAUGACCCUCGACCUGAUGUCCUACAUGAUCCUCCCGCCCCCAACCUCCCAACAGCCCUCACACACCCUCAAAGACUCCCCGCCCUCCUCGCCCUUAUCCUCCGUGAUGCAGCUCCCUUACCAGCACGUCGUCGAGGACUUCCGCAUGGAAUACGUCGCCCCCAGUCUCGCGAGCGUCUUCCCCCGGUUCUCCUAUCCCGAUGUCAACUUCUGGAUCUGGGUCUUCGGGAAGCGGUACCGCGAGGUCGUGAGGGGCUGGGAGGCGAGUGUGCGUGGGGGAGGAACGAAUGAUCGCAGGAUCAAUUGGUCGGGGACGGCGCUGAAUACGUUCUAUGCGGCGAUUAGGAAGGCGCUGGUCGUGGUCAUCAUCGCGAGGGCGUUGGGUGUGCUGUUUGGGGUUUCGUUUGCGGUGUGGUGGAUAUUUUCUUAG